CGUCGUAGAGGGUGUGCAUUGAUACAGUUUUGUUGACAGUGAUUCCAAAUCAGGAACCGGCAAAUCAAAUAUAAUCAGGCGCAAUUUGCUCGCAAAUAAAUGGUCCAAACAAACAGUGAUGCUAAUCAGAACACUUUGGAACUUCCAACGUGUAACAUUUUACCAUUGUACCGAUCGCUUCUAUAAUCAAUUUUAGUGACAUGGAAGAACAACAGAAAUUGAACUUCAUUUGUGGAGAAUUGACUGAAAUCGUUCUGGAAGAGCUGAAUCCGAAUGCAGAGCUGGUAAAAGUCACACUAUCGACCCCGGAACAUCUAGAUGGAUUCAUGUCUGUCAUUCAUAAUUUAAUUUUGGAGACAAGAGAUAAAAAGACAAGUGAAUCCAAAACCUUCAACUUAAUGGUGAAAGUAAUGAAAGGUGAUGAAGCAUUCCGGGAAAGCUCCUUAGCAAAACUUCAGUUCAGCAACGAAAUUUACAUCUAUACAAAAGUUGUUCCUGAGUUCAUUCAACUUUUAACAUCAAGGAAUAGUUCUGUCCGAGGAGAGAACUGGUGUCCAAAAAUAUUUUAUGGAAAGGCAGGAAAAAUUCCAAACUUUAGCAGCAUAUACGAAACCAUUCUGGUUAUGGAAAACAUGACCUUGGAUGAAUUUCGAGCUGGACCGAGGAAUGACCUGGACGAGGCCCAUUUGAAACUCAUGACAAAGAACAUAGCUCAGUUCCACGCGUGUACAUAUGCCAUGAAAAUCGAGAAUAAGGAGAAGCUGGAAACGCUGGUCAAUGGAAUUAUUCCAAUGCACUACAGCAAAGAUGGGCAAAUUUUCAACAGUUACGCAGUACUUUUCAAGCUCGGUUUGGAUCGAAUAUUUGAAUACAUCGAUAAUCAUUCCUCCGUUCUCGAUAAUGAUCAGUUCAAAACCGAUAUGAUGCAAUUCCGUACGAUACAUGGAGAAGAGCCUAUUCAUUUGAUGCAGAAGUUUUUAGAAAGAAACGAAUUUUCCGUUAUUUUGCAUGGUGACUACAAUAGAAACAAUGUGCUCUUCAAAUAUGAGAACGAUAAACCAGUUGAUCUUCGGAUGUUCGAUUUUCAGGAGAAUCGCUACGGUACACCUUCAAUCGAUUUAACAUUUUUCAUGUGCAUGAGCAUGCCAACAGGAUUUCGGGAAAAAUAUUGGAACAUUUUGCUCAAGUAUUACCAUGACCAUUUGAUGGGCACAUUGGUAGACAUUUUGAAAUGUGAUAGAAAUGAUUCUCGCUUGGAAACGUAUAAUUAUAACAAUUUUAUGAAUCAUAUGAAGAAAUUCGGGCUAUAUGGAGCAAUGAUCGCCGCUCAUUUUCUGCCAUGGAUGUUAGGAUCGGAAGAGGAAUGUGGUCAACUUGCUCACCAUUUUACAAAGGAUUUAAAUUCGUCGGAGAUGAAACAUUGGACGAGAGUUAGUGGGGGUGAACUGGUUGAUAAACGGUUGAUUGAGAUUUUUAGACACAUGAGUCAUCUCGGAUACUUUUCGAUUGUUGAUGGUGAAUGAUCAUGAACAUACUAUAUACGAAAUAUAAGUAGAAACAUUA